AUGCCGUUACUAGAAAAUUUUACAUUGAAAGUGCAGCCCUUCAACAAUGUCAAGAUGGUUUUUGAGUCGGCAUCUCCAUCAGCUAUUGAUCUACUGAAUGCAUUGUUCAUGUAUGACCCAAAAAAGAGAAUCAGCGCUGCCGAUGCCUUGAUGCAUCCAUUCUUCAUGGAGCGCCCCUUACCAUGCGAUCCAAUGUUGAUACCUUCACUGCCACCAAGUUACAGCAGAAAGCGGAAAAGAGAGGAGUCUUCGCAGAUAUGA